GUCUCUAACGCCUCCAAGCCUCCUGUCUCGAUGCAUAUUAAUGCCUACGAACACCCUGCUCCUAUAUUCCCUCUUGCAGCUGGACAAGCAGUAAUCUUGGACGCUUCUAUCGAAUCAUCAACUACAUUCAAUGCAGAAUUAUCAUAUGUUGGUAGUGCAUUGCCUCACGUUGACAAGAUGACAAAGCCUGACCAGGAGGUGGUAGCAGGAGAAAGUAAGGAUUUGGGCGAGGAUCUUGAAAGAAAAGUAGUUGAAGAUGGAAUCAUAUCCCCUAAAAGCCAGGUUUUACCUCCUCAUAAGCAAUGCUCACACUCGGAUCUCAUCUAUCUGCCACUCUCUAAUUCAUCUUAUGCUUUAGCUUCAAAUUCAUCUCCUAUCACAGGAAAUGAAGAGUCUCCAGAAUUACCCAUGUUUGAGUCUCCAACUUGUGGGGAUAAAGCUACCUCCUCUACGAUAACGAAAACCAUCGCUGAAAGAAAUAAUCUACUGGAAACAACCACGUCAGCCACGAGAACAACUGCAGUGACGUCGGCCUGGGGCAUGGAAGAGGCGGAUCCCGAAUCAGGUCGAGUAAUAAAGCUUUGUUCUGGAGAGAAGCAUUGGUAG